AUGCAUAAUGAGCAAACAGUUGAACAUAUGCAUAAUGCACAAACAGUUGAACAUAAACAUAUAAAAGCUACAUCAAUGAGUUUAAAAUCAGAUACAUCUCUACGUGUGAUUACAAUGCAUACUGUGUUAGAAGCAGAAACCAUAGGUUUAAAUCUUAAACCCGGAAAAAAACUGUGUCCAACCUGUCGAAAAUUUGAAGAUGAUGAUGAGAUUGAAUUUGAUCAAUUGACAACAACAGAUUGGUCAAACUUGACAGAUAAUAAAGUGUUUGAAUACAUUGAAUUAGUAGGCACUAAGCUAUGCAGUGUUGAUGAAAAAUUUGCUUUAAUUCAUGACUUUGGAAAUAUCCAGAUAACAACUGUAAACCUAGUACCAGAAGAAAAAGAUGUGCUUGUUAAAUUUAUGUGUCCUAAUGGUCCUGCUCGGUCGUUUAAAUGGCCAUUAAAGGAAAGCCAAUGCUGGAUUUCUGAUGUCCACAUUAUUUGCAAAGUUGAGCUAGGAGUAAAAAUAAAGAUGAUAAUCUUAAUAUAUAAUCGCGGUGAGAUAGCUUGUCGCAUUUUAAGAACUUGUCAAAAACUUGGUAUUCAAACGGUAGGAAUUUAUACACCUGAAGAUCAAUUUAGUUCGCAUAUAAAGGAGACAGACUUUAAAAUAGAAUUACCGCCAGGAGAUUUAUCUCUUAAUUACUUAAAUGUCGAUUUUAUAAUUGAAAAGUCACUGAAGCUAAAUGUAACCGCAGUUCACCCCGGGUACGGUUUUGUAAGCGAGAGUGCAGAAGCUUGUUUAAAAUUUGAAAAUGCUGGAAUUAUUUGGAUCGGACCAUCAGCGACAAAUAUCGUUGAUUUUUCGAGUAAACAUAUUUCAAAGAAUAUUGCAAAAAGUUGUGGUGUUCCAAUAACUGAUUACGCAAUAGUUGAAUCAGUCGAAAGUUGCUUGAAAGAAUCAGAAAUUGUUGGAUACCCAGUCAUUUUAAAGUUAAGCUCAGGUGGUGGUGGCAUCGGAAUGUAUCGCUGUAAAAAUAAAAAAAUACAAAUCAUUGGUGAUGGAAACGGACAUGUAAUUUCAUUGGCAGAAAGAGAAUGCUCUAUACAAAGAAGAAAUCAAAAAUUGAUAGAAGAAGCUCCAUCGCCAUUCUUAAGUCAAGAAACGCGACAAAAAAUGUGUUCUGAUGCUAUUAAGUUAGCUCAGUUUGUAAGUUACAGAUCUGUAGGAACAGUGGAGUUUCUAGUUGAUGACAGCAAACCAAAUGAAUAUUUUUUUCUAGAGGUAAACGCACGUCUUCAGGUAGAACACGCUGUUACAGAAAUGUUGUUUGACGUUGACUUGGUUGAAAUAAUGAUUAAACUAGCAUGUUUUUCAGUACCUAAAAUUUCGUUAAAAAACAUUAGGCAAAAUAAAGGACACUCAAUUGAGGUUCGUAUUUAUGCUGAAGACUGUUUAAACAGUUUUAUGCCGUCUUGCGGUCAAUUAACCCACGUCUAUUUUGCUCAAGACAAUGUGAAUACAAGAAUUGAGACUUGGAUUGAAAAUGGCACUGUAAUAUCACCGUUGUACGAUCCGUUACUAGCUAAAGUUAUUUGUUUUGCUCAAACUAGAGAGAAGUGUUUAAAAAAACUUUUGAAAUGUCUUAAAAAAACUGUUAUUCAAGGUGUAAAUACAAAUCUUGAGUUUUUAACUGAGGUUUUAAAACACGAAUUGUUUAUUAAAGGUAAAACAUUAACUUCUUUUCUUAAUAACUUUAGCUACGAUUCCUAUACGGCUCAAGUAUUAGAACCUGGAAUGUAUUCUACAAUUCAAGAUUAUCCCGGUAGAGUUGGUUAUUGGAAUAUUGGUAUACCACCGUCUGGCCCAAUGGAUAACAGAAAUUUUAGAAUUGCAAACUAUCUUGUUGAAAAUGAUUUUAAAGCUGCUGGCAUCGAGAUUCUACAUGAUUGUUUGGUUUUAAAAUUUAAUUGUAAUUCUUUAAUUGCAGUUACAGGAGCAUCAGCUCAAGUCAAGAUAAAUAACACUAGUUUCAAUAUGUACGAAAGUAUUUUUGUGCCAAAAAAUGGAAUUUUAGAAAUAAGACUUGAUAAUAAACAAUCAAACUUUGCUGGUUGUCGUGUUUAUUUAGCAAUUCAAGGUGGUUGUCAAACGAUGCCAUACUUAGGUUCAAGAUCAACUUUUCCGUCCGGCAAUUUUGGAGGGUUAAAUGGCACUACUUUAAAGAUGUUUGAUACAAUUCCUUUAUCCAAAAAUAUUAUUAAAACAAAUUUUUUAAAAUGGCCGCCACAAUUCAAACCAACAUUAUCAAACACAUGGGAAGUAUUUGCUUUAGCAGGACCGCAUUCAGAACCUGAUUACUUUACAAAAGAAGAUAUUAUAAAUCUAUGGUCAAGUUGGUAUGAAAUCAAUCAUAAUUCAAAUAGACUCGGCAUUAGACUUGAAACCGUAUGGAAACCCACAUGGUCAAGAAAAAGUGGAGGUGAUGCAGGGUUUCAUCCUUCAAACGUCCACGAUUAUGCUUAUUCUAUUAAUUCAGUAAAUUUUUCUGGUAAUACACCUAUCAUUCUUACUGUCGACGGACCAAGUUUAGGUGGCUUUGUUUGUCCGCUGACUAUUAUUCAAAGCGAAUCUUGGAAAAUUGGUCAAUUUAAGCCAGGAGAUAAAGUUAGAUUUGUGCAAGUUGACUAUAAUUAUGCCAUAGAAUCAUUAAAGUUAGAAUCUCAUCUUUUAAAUGGCAAGUUUAAUGAGUGUUGCGUUUUAAAAACACCUCAAAUCGAUCCAUGCAAUUCAAUCAACCCAGUCUUUAAUAUUCGCAUGCCAAAUUUAAAAGAACCAAAAGUUUUAUUUCGUUUAUCUGGCGAUCAACAUGUAUUAGUAGAGUUUGAAUUAAAUGAAUUCGAAAUUGAAAAUCGUUUUUAUAUUCAAGUAAUUCUUAAUAAACUAAAACAUUUAAAUUAUGAAUAUGUUUUAGAAAUGGUUCCAGGAGUGAGUACCUUACUCGUUAAAUGCAAUCCAUUCUUAAUAUCUGCUAACCAACUGGCAGAUCUAAUAACAAAAUUAAUACCGAAUUCAAAAGAUGUUAACGAAAUGAAAAUUGCUUGCAGAAGUGUUCGAUUGCCUUUGGCUUUUCACGAUUAUUGGAGUCUCCAAGCUAUUUCCAGAUAUAUGAAAACAAUCUGCAACAACGCUCCGUAUUUGCCGGAUAACUGUAACUUUGUACAGAGUUUAAAUGGUUUUAAAUCAUUAGAAGAUUUAACGUCUAUCUUAGUUGACACAACUUAUAUUGUGUUAGGUUUAGGCGAUGUUUAUUUAGGAGCUCCACUGGCUGUUCCGUAUGAUCCGCGGCAUAGAAUAAUUACAACAAAGUAUAAUCCAGCCCGCACAUUUACUCCCGAGGGAGCCGUUGGUAUUGGAGGUAUAUAUAUGUGCAUCUAUGGAAUGGAAUCUCCUGGUGGGUAUCAACUAAUUGGUAGAACCUUGCCCAUUUGGAAUACAUAUAGUUCUAAACCUUGGUUAUUUGACUUUUUUGAUAUGAUUAAGUUUUAUUUAGUAAACGACAAUGAACUAAUUCAUAUAAGAGAAGAAUACAAGCUCGGAAAGUUUACAUUAAACUUUGAAAAUGUUUCAAUAGCUUUGUCAGAUUAUCGACGCUUUUGCGAACAUAACCAACUAUCUAUUUUAAGGUAUAAAGAAUCACACAACUUGACAAGAAUUGCGACGCAAAUUAAUUGGAGUAUUUUUUCAAAUAAAGAAAGCACGGUUUUAAAUGAAAAUCAAGAGGACGAAGGUGAUAGCAAUCAAGAAGCUGAUAACAGUUUAUCAGCAUAUUUUCUUAUAAAAUCAGAUCAAUAUGGCUGCGUAUAUGAGAUAAAAGUAAAAGAAGAUGAUGUCAUUAAAAAAGACGAUCCCAUAAUGCUUAUAGAAUUAAUGAAAAUGAGUAUAGCAAUUAAAUCACCUGUUGAUGCUAAAAUAAAUAAAAUUCUAGUAAGAACAGGUCAGGUAGUCAAGCCACCUACGCAUACUGAUGAAGUUAUGAAUAAAACUUAUCGAGCACUUUUUACACUGGUUGAUGCAAUAAAUAAUGACGAUGAUCUUGAUUGGAGUUGUGUUCAAAAAGUAAAUAAUAGUAUUGACUCUUCGAUUGAGAUUCUUGCAGAUAAUAACGCCUCUGUUCCAACUGCUUCUAAAGAAGAUUUGAUAAAUAUUAAGACACAACACAACUAA